AUGACAGAAAAAAAAUUUAUUUUUGUUCUUCCACCUGAACAUGUUCGACAUUUUGGUAAAACAUUACAAGUUUUAACAAAACUUGGAGAAGAAAUUUAUAUUGAAUUGAGUAACAAAACAAAUGGCUUAAGUUUUCGUACAGCAAAUCAAUCACGUUCAUCAUAUUCAUGUAUUACAUUUAAACGUGAAUUUUUUGAAGAAUGGCCACAAGAUGAUAUACAAAGAGAAAAAAUAAAAUGUCGAAUUUCAGCUAAACGAUGUAUGUCUGCUGUACAUGCUGUUUUAUCAAGUAAACUAACACGACUUGAACUUGUAUUUGAUGAUCAUAAAUCUAAUUUAUCAUUUAUACUUCAUUGUCGAUAUAAUAUUGUUAAAGUUCAUUCAUGUUUUUAUAUUGAUUGUGAAAAACUUCAAGCACGUUUCGAUAAACAAUCAUAUAAAAAUAGUGUAUCAAUUAUGAGUAAAACUUUACAAGAAUUAACUGCACAUUUUCCAGCUAAAUGGGAUGAAAUAACAAUUCGCGCAACAAAAGAUCAAUUUAUUAUUAAAAAAUGUGAUGAAAUUGUUCAUGAUGAUGAUAGUGUUGUUUAUAGUAUGAAUUUUCAAGUUGUAUGUGAACCAAGAGAAUUUAUUAAUUAUGAUAUUCAAUAUAAUUCAGAUAUUACAUUUUGCUUACGAGAAUUCAAAUUUCUGUUGGGUUUAGCUGAUUUACUUAAUUUACCUAUGACAUUACUUUUCGAUAGUCGUGGACGACCAAUUAUUUUCUGUUUCGAUGCAGAAGAAUUUUAUUUUGAUGGUAUUUUUGUAUUUGCUACAAUUGCAAAUCGUGAAGGUGAAACUGAUCCAUCUUUUACUGCAUCUCAACCAAGUAUAAAUGAUAUAUCAACAAUGGAUGAAGAUGAUCUUGUGUCUUAUCGACAAUAUACAAUAAAUACAACUGGUUUGAAUCGAGGAGGAAAGAAACGUCCUGCACCAUCAUCAUCACCAUUACAAACGACUACAAAUUUAUCUGAUAUUAAUAACGAUCAUACAUCAAUUAUUAAUCCUAAACAACGAAUAAAUACAACUAAUUAUCAAGAUACUACUACUACUACAGAUAUUGGAGAUACAACAUAUAUAGUAUUAAGUCAACAAUCAAUUGUUGGAUUACAACAAUCAGAAGAUAUUAUGGCUGAUAUGACAGAAGAUGAAGAUGAAGAAAAUUAG